CCCUCGCCUCCCCUCCCGCUUCCCGUCGCAUCUCCCCACCUCCACCCGGCCGACGCCUCCGGCCCGGUCGUCACCAGGCUCAGCGACUCACCACCCCAACGACCAAUCGCCGCGCUGUCCCAAUACCGGAUCAUCCACCAACCAGACACCCGGACCCGAAAACCCGCGCGCGCGUCUUAAUAACGGCCACCUCCCACCUCCGCCCCGCAGCACACGCGCCAAGCGACUCGCGCAGAUUCGCUCCACGCCACGCUCCCAGAUCUCUCGCGCAUCACGCAAGGGUAACUUUCAACUAUGGGCACAGUUGUGGAUGCUCCAGCAGUUGUGGCUGAGGAGGUCACUGGGAACAUGUUGGGUGGCAAGAAAGUUACGGUUGUAUUUGUUUUAGGUGGUCCUGGAAGUGGAAAAGGCACACAGUGUGCCAACAUUGUGGAACACUUUGGAUUCACUCAUCUUAGUGCUGGAGAUCUUUUGCGUGCAGAGAUCAAAUCUGGCUCCGAGAAUGGAACCAUGAUUGAGAACAUGAUAAAGGAGGGAAAGAUUGUUCCAUCAGAGGUAACUAUAAAGCUGCUGCAGGAGGCCAUGAUAAAGAGUGAAAAUGACAAAUUCCUGAUCGAUGGAUUUCCAAGGAACGAAGAGAAUCGCGCUGCAUUCGAGAAUGUUACAAAAAUUUCUCCUGCAUUCGUGCUAUUCUUUGAUUGUUCUGAGGAAGAGAUGGAAAGACGUCUUUUGGGGCGCAAUCAGGGAAGAGUUGAUGAUAACAUUGAGACUAUCAGGAAAAGGUUCAAAGUUUUUGUUGAAUCAAGUUUGCCUGUCAUUGAUUAUUAUAACUCAAAGAACAAGGUUAAAAAGAUUGAUGCCGCAAAACCAAUUCCUGAGGUGUUCGAAGACGUGAAAGCCAUUUUUGCCCCGUAUGCUCCCAAGGCUGAAUAGAGCAAUACAAGGAACACCAUUAAGGUGAUGCAUGGUGCCAUAGGCGCAACACAAGUGUGGCUACAUAUCUGUGAUUAUAAACCCUUAUUAUAGAAGAAAAGUUUUGGCUCAUAUGGGCUACCAGCAUAUCAGUAGGCAAUUCGAUUUGUUACCAGCAAUAAGUAGAUCUGAUUCCCGCUGUUCCUGUUAGAGUGACAUUAUACUGUUGUCGGUGUAUCCUUCGUAUUGUUGUACCAAUGUGUAAUUUACUGCACGGACGAUGAAACAUCGUGCCAUCCUACAAGCUCUCUGGUGGCAUUACGGAAAGUAAAAGAGAUGUGAUAUUCUUUAUAAGAGAUUGAUUAUCCUUGUGAACCUUAAAAGAUA